AUGGCGCUGGGGCUCUUCCGAGUGUGCCUGGUGGUGGUGACGGCCAUCAUCAACCACCCGCUGCUCUUCCCACGCGAGAACACCACGGUGCCCGAGAACGAGGAGGGCAUCAUCCGGCAGAUGCAGGCGCGCCAGGAGGAGCUGCAGCUGGAGCAGCUGCGCCUGGAGGAGGAGGUGGCGCGGCUGGCGGCUGAGAAGGAGGCGCUGGAGGAGGCGGCCGAGGAGGCCGGGCCACAGGGCGAGGCACAUGCGUCCUGGGACCUCUGGAGCACGCUCUGCAUGAUCCUCUUCCUGAUGAUCGAGGUGUGGCGCCAGGACCACCAGGACGCGCCCUCCCCGGAGUGCCCGGGCGGCGACGAGGACGAACUGCCGGCCCUGGGGGGAGCCCCACUCCAGGGUCUCACGCUACCGGACAAAGCCACCCUGGGCCGCUUCCACGAGCGCUGCAUCCGGGGGGCCACAGCCGAUGCCGCGCGCACCCGGGAGUUCGUGGAGGGCUUCGUGGAUGACCUGCUGGAAGCCCUGCGGAGCCUCUGCAACCGGGACACGGACAUGGAGGUGGAGGACUUCAUCGGCGUGGGCAGCAUGUACGAGAACUGGCAGGUAGACAGGCCGCUGGUGUGCGACCUCUUCGUGCCCUUCGUGCCGCCUGAGCCCUACCGCUUCCGCGCAGAGCUCUGGUGUUCCGGCCGCUCGGUGCCCCUGGACUGCCAGGGUUUCGGCCAGAUCAAGGUGGUCCAGGGCGACGACGACACGCCAGGCUGCAUCUGCGACAAAACCAAGCUUGGGGAGGACAUGCUGUGCCUCCUGCAUGGCAAGAACAGCCUGGUGAGGCCCGGGGCAAAGAUGGAGGACCUGUUGUGUGCCAAGACGUCACCCUAUGUGGACACCAUGCAGGUCAUGAAGUGGUUCCAGACGGCCCUCACCCGGGCCUGGCACCGCAUCGCCCGCAAGUACGAUUUCGACCUGGCUUUUGGCCAGCUGGACAUGCCGGGGUCCCUGAAGAUCAAGUUCCGCUCCGGCAAGUUCAUGCCCUUCAACCUGAUCCCGGUGAUCCAGUGUGAAGACUCUGAUCUGUACUUUGUCUCCCACCUUCCCAAGGGACCCUCUCCGUGGAGCCCGGCGUCCAGCAUGGACUGGCUCCUGUCCUUUGCUGUCUACGAGCGACACUUCCUCAGGGUGAUGUCCAAGGCCCUGCCCGAGGGGGCCUGCCACCUCAGCUGCCUGCAGAUCGCGUCCUUCCUGCUGUCCAAGCAGAGCCGCCUGACUGGCCCCAGCGGCCUCUGCAGCUACCACCUCAAGACCGUCCUGCUGCACCUCCUGCUGGCCCGCCAGGCCGCAGACUGGACAGCCGGCCAGCUGGACAUGCGGCUGCACGAUCUGCUGCGCUUCCUGGAGAAGAGCCUGCAGGAGAAGAAGCUCCAUCACUUCUUCAUCGGCAACCGCAGGGUGCCCGAGGUGGCCGGCCUCCCGGAGGCCAUCCGCAGGGCGGAGCCCCUCAACCUCUUCCGACCCUUCAUCCUGCAGCGAGGACUCUACCGGAAGACUGUGGACUCCUUCUAUGAGAUGCUCAAGAAUGCCCCGGCCCUCAUCAGCGAGUAUUCCCUGCAUCUCCCUUCUGAUCACACCAGCCUGCCCCCAAAAGCUGCUGUCUUGUAA